GUGUGCAGUCAUUGAUGUAUACUAUGUUGCUAUAGUAAUGUGCAGUGAAUUAUAAGAAGAGUAAAAAAAGAUAGGAGUGGACUUGAACUUGGUUGCCUAGUGAAUUGACCUAUUAUUAUGUUAUAAUUAUUAUCAGACGGUUAUAAACAACUGAUAACAGACGGAAGUGGACAAGGUGUGUGGAGCUUUGGCCAGUCCAUUGGCCAUAGAAGAUCACUCCAUGGUCCGCCACCGACGUGAUAUCAGCUUCGAGAUCUUCGGAAAUACACAGAAGCUUAUUGAAAAACUGAUAGCUGACUUGAACAAAGCCGCUGACCAAGCGAAACAGGCCGUGGUACAAUUCAGAAAUGGUCUCCUGGAACAAGCCAAUAAAAUCCGAGAGAAACUCAUAGCAGACAUAAAUAAAAUCCGCGAAAAAAUCUCGGAAUCCAUUAAGAAAAUCCAAGACAAGUUUGUCAAUUCAGGAUCUGCUGUUGGGGAAUGCAUUAAUGGUCACCGUAGCGAUGUCGAUGCCAUACUUAAUAAUGCCCAAACGGAAGCUCUUCGAUGCAUAAAUGCUCGUAUCGAGGACGUUGGUGAAAUGAUCAACAAACUGAGCGCGUUGUGUGAAACUGGCCAAGACAUCGCUAGUGCGGCUGUGGGAGAAAUGAGGAACUGCACAGAACACCAUAGUUCAAAUAUUCUGGCUGCCGGCGCGUGCCUUGGAACUGUUGCCGUGAGGACAGAAAUGAAAGCAGCUUCUUUCUUAAUGCAGAGCGGACUAGCAAUCGGCCGUCUCAACCUGUUCAUGACAACUUUACCAGCACAAUUAGAAAUGUGCGCUGGAUCGAGCCUCGUGAACGCCGGCGUAGGCACAGCUAAGAUCCUAAUGGAAAUUGGCAGCUGCUCGACUACUUCAAUCAUCAACACCUUCAGCGGUACAUCAUCAGCUGGUGAACUUGCCUCUUCUGCUGGCUCUGCCAUUUCUGGUGCUGUGUCGAAUUUAGGCUCUGCAGUGCAAAAUGCAGGGUCUUCUCUGUCGAAUGCUGCCUCCACGGCCGGGUCAAAUUUGGCGUCUUUGGCAUCAAAUGCAGCUAAUACCGCGUCUAAUGGUGGUUCCACGGGCGGGUCAAAUUUGGCGUCUUUAGCAUCAAAUGCAGCUAACACUGCAUUUAAUGCUGCAUCCACAGUCGGGUCAAAUUUGGCGUCUUUAGCAUCAAAUGCAGCUAACACGGCAUCUAAUGCUGCCUCCACGGCCGGGUCAAAUUUGGCGUCUUUAGCAUCAAAUGCAGCUAACACCGCAUCUAAUACUGCCUCUACGGCCGGGUCAAAUUUGGCGUCUUUAGCAUCAAAUGCAGCUAACACCGCAUCUAAUGCUGCCUCCACGGCCGGGUCAAAUUUGGCGUCUUUAGCAUCAAAUGCAGCUAACACGGCAUCUAAUGCUGCCUCCACGGCCGGGUCAAAUUUGGCGUCUUUAGCAUCAAAUGCAGCAAACACGGCAUCUAAUGCUGCCUCCACGGCCGGGUCAAAUUUGGCGUCUUUAGCUUCAAAUGCAGCAUCUACCGGGUCCAAUGCUGCUUCUAAUUUAGCUUCUGCUUUCAACAGUGCUACCGGUUCUGGCUCCAACCUCGUUCCUAUCGAUGAGAUUAUCACUGGUUUAUUUUAAUUAAGAAUUUUGUUUCAUUAUAUUCUGACCUCGUUUGUUCAAUAAAGUGUAUUGAA